AUGUCCAUUCAUGCAGUGGGCGACAAGGACCGGAUCCGGCUGCACACCGUGGAGUACGAGUCUGAGGCGUCUUCCGGCGCCGUGUGCGGCAACGGCGUGAUGGCAGGCACCGAUGAGGACACUUGCCUGGCGCUGCCGGAGUGGGCCAUCCGCAGCGGCCCCCGCAAGACGAUCUAUUUUGACCCCUCGCAGGUGACCGCGGCCAUCGUGACGUGCGGCGGCCUGUGCCCGGGCCUCAACGACGUCGUGCAAAACAUUGUCUUCACGCUGGCCGAUUAUGGUGUCCCCGAGGACCAGAUCAUCGGGAUCCGCUAUGGCCUCAGGGGAUUCUACGACAAGUUCGCCAAGCCGGUCCCCCUCACACGCCGCACAGUGGACGGCAUCCACCUGAAGGGCGGCACUAUGCUGGGCACCUCGCGCGGCGGUGCAGACAUCCAGGAGAUUGUGCGCCGCAUCGACCUGUGGGGCCUCGACAUGGUGUUCGUGGUGGGCGGCAACGGCGGCAACGCCGCCGCCAACGCCAUCCAGGAGGAGAUCGCGCGGCAGGAUGUCAAGUGCGUGGUGGCGGGCGUCCCAAAGUCGAUUGACAACGACAUCCUGCUCAUUGACAAGUGCUUCGGCUUCGACACCGCCGUGGAGGAAGCACAGCGCGCGCUGCUGGCGGCGAAGGUGGAGGCCGCCAGCGGCUUCCGUGGGCUGGGCAUUGUGAAGUUGAUGGGGCGCAACAGCGGGUUCAUCGCCAUGCAGGCCUCCAUGUCAAGCGGCGUGGUGGACGUAUGCCUCAUCCCCGAGAUCAAGUUUGACCUGCAGAAGCUGCUGGAUCACGUGGGCAGUAUCCUGGACCGCAAGGGCCACUGCGUCAUAUGCGUCGCAGAGGGGGCGGGGCAGGACCUCUUCUGCAAGGAGGGAGUCGCCCCCACAGACGCCAGCGGCAACGCCAUCCUUAAGGACGUGGGCAUCUACCUGCGUGACGCCUUCAAGGCCCACUUCAAGGACAAGGGCAAGGCGGACGUCAAGUACAUUGACCCCUCCUACCUCAUCAGGUCCAUCCCGACGACCUCCAACGACCGCAUCUACUGCAAGGUGUUGGGCCAGGGCGCGGUGCACGGCGCUUUUGGCGGCUUCACGGGCUUCACCACGGGCCUGGUCAACACCCACUACGUGUACCUCCCCAUCGAGACCAUUAUACAGGCGCCCCGGAAGGUCAACCCCACCGGCCGCCGCUGGAACCGGCUGAAGACGGCCAUCAACCAGCCAGACCUCAUCUGA